UUCCUCUGCGACCCUUAAUUAAUAAAGGGACUAAGCUGGAAAAAAAAAAAGUGAAUGAAUGAGUCGGAGAGAUACAGGAAGGACCUAGAGUCAGGCAGCAAGAAACUGAUCAAUGACCUCAGAGAGAAAAGUGCAGACGCCGCAAAAAGUGGAGAGAGAUGUACCAUAACAUCAAAGACAGAAAAGAAGCCCUCAAACAUCCCUCCACACAGCCCACAGUUAUCACUAGAGCAAGCUGAACAUCCACAGUGUCUGGAUGUUCAUUCCUGUUACUGGGUGUUCAUUCCUGUUAUUUUAUAUAUAUAUAUAUAUAUAUUUUUUUUUUUUUAAUUAGUGACUUUUUUUUGUCAUCAUCAUUUAUCCAAUAGUUGAUUUAAUUACAUGACUUUAAAAUUUUUUAUUUUGCACUUUGGGUCUCCUGUAAAAUUUAAAAAUGUCUUUGCAUUUUUUAAAAAUACACCUUGUGUACAUUUAGUGAAUUUUUUUGUAACAAAUAUAAGUUUUUCAAACAUUUUACCAACUAUUUCUUAAAGAUAAACACUUUUGUGAGUGGAAGACAAAAUAGUUGACAUUUUUUUUAAAACACCCUUUCAAAAAGUAACUUGAUUUUAGUAACAGGACUGAGAAAAAUAGAUCAUUUUCCAAAAUUUGAAACCUUGUAAAAAAUAAAGCAGAGGUGCCUGAGAUUGCCCAAUAGUCAUUCCAAACAGUUAAAUAUGUGUGUUGCUAGAUACAGUGUUGUAAAAAUGUGUGUUGCUAAAUACAGUGUUGAAAAAAUAUGAAAAAAUAAAUGUAAUUUUAAGAAAUUAUAAAAUCAAAUGUUACCCAUUCGGUGGAAUGUCCCAUACAGUGCAUCAGCAAACACUAGAAGGGACAAUAUUAGGCCGGUGGUAAUAAUGUCAUGCUCAUACAAUGUAUAUGCAUAUAGUACAUACUGUACAUUGUGGAUGUGACACUUGUAAUGUGUUUAAUUAGAAAAUAAUAUAUUAAAACCACUUUAUCAUUAAAUAUUUUCCAUUUUUAGUUAGUACAACCCUACAUCAUUCCGUAUCAUCCAAUGUAUUCUAUCUACUGUAUACACCUUAAAUUAAGUUGUUGUUUAACUGCAUGAUAAAUUAUUUAUUUACAAAUAAUGUAAAACAGUCAUGUAAAAUUGAAGGUGGUCAUAAUGUUAUGCUUUAGCUGUGUAUGUACAAUACUGUGUGUGAAUGUGUAACACGUAUAAAGUGCUUAAUCAAAAAGAUAUUAAAACCACUUUAUCAGUAAAUGUUUACCCCUUUUAGUAAAUACAUCCCUAUAUCUUAUCCAAUGUCAUCCAAUGUAUUCUAUCUACUGUGCACACCUUAAUUUAUUUAGUAUUUUAACUGCAUUUAUGAAAUGAUGAAUUAUUUAUUUACAAAUAAUGUAAAACAAAUAGUCUAAAACAAUAUUAACCCAAUUAAUGAAUAUAUAGCCUAGUGAAAUGAAGUGCAAAAGUCGUGGUAAUGCUAAACCCGAGUAAAAGUCUGUUGAGAAAUUGCUACAAUUAAGACUGUGCUGAGCUUGAUUUGCGAGUGGGGGAGGGGAGCCUGAGUUGCAAGUGGGGGAGGGGAGCGGGACAGGAUCAGAAUCGAUCAUUAUCGCGGAAUCAGAAUUAUGGCAGGUGAACGCAUGUCACGGAGGCUGCAAAUGCUCAGAGCUCAUCACGAGACAUGCGCUCGAAGAUACGACAAAGCCAACGAGGAAAAACAGCUGAAAAGAGAUCCAUCAAUAUCACAGGUGAGUCCUAAUUAAUUUCAAUUAACGUUUAACAAGUCUGAGGUGUUUUAUAGUCUGGCCCAGCCUUCCUCGUUGUCAUUUAGCUAACGUUAGCAUUAGCUUAAUUAACAUUAGUUGGUCAUUACACGUGCUUCAAAUAAACUACUGAAAUUUGGUAACAAUUUUGAUGAUUAAUGGAUUAUUAGAGUCGUUUUUGCAGCAUAAAGGUGACUCUGGCUGUGAAAACCCGGCAAAAGUAUUUUUUAUGAUUUUCUAUGAAACUGUAACAUGGAUACAUUUUCUAUUUAUGGUAUGAUAAUCGUGGUGAAAUUAGUAAGUGCAAUGAAACUUCAAAGUUAUCAAGUUGAUGCCUUACUCUGUUUUUAAAUUAAUUUAAGCUAAUUUGUAGGAGCAGUUAGCAAAAAUAUCUUGAAUUAAACAAAUUAAUAUGUCAUUUAAGUCAUUUAUUGUGAUACUAGUAAUAUUUAAUGCAUUCAUGUUGACACUAUUUAAAAACAAUAUUCAUACCACUGUAAUUUAAAAAUAAUGUGUGGUGAUCUUGCUGAAAGGUAAUUGUUUUGUUUUACAGAUAAUGGGGAAAAACCCUUCUGGAAAUAAGCAGAUAUCAAAGAAAGCUCAAGACAGAAAGAGAGUGAAAGAGCAUCACCACCCUGGCCAGGCUGAGAGAGAUGAUGAUGAUAACGAGCAGAUAUCAGAGAAAGCUCAAGACAGAAAGAGAGUGAAAGAGCAUCACCACCCUGGCCAGGCUGAGAGAGAUGAUGAUAACGAGCAGGUGUCAGAGAAAGCUCAAGACCGAAAGAGAGUGAAAGAGCAUCACCACCCUGGCCAGGCUGAGAGAGAUGAUGAUGAUGAUAACGAGCAGAUAUCAGAGAAAGCUCAAGACAGAAAGAGAUUGAAAGAGCAUCACCACCCUGGCCAGGCUGAGAGAGAGGAUGAUUAUGAUAACGAGCAGAUAUCAGAGAAAGCUCAAGACAGAAUGAGAUUGAGAGAGCAUCACCACCCUGGCCAGGCUGAGAGAGAGGAUGAUAACGAGCAGGUGUCAGAGAAAGCUCAAGACCGAAAGAGAGUGAAAGAGCAUCACCACCCUGGCCAGGCUGAGAGAGAUGAUGAUAACGAGCAGGUGUCAGAGAAAGCUCAAGACCGAAAGAGAGUGAAAGAGCAUCACCACUCUGGCCAGGCUGAGAGAGAUAAUCAUGACGAGCAGAUCUCAGAGAAAGCUCAAGACAGAAAGAGACAGAAAGAGCAUCACCACCCUGGCCAGGCUGAGAGAGAUAAUCAUGACGAGCAGAGUCUUGGUGCUACUGAUCAAUCGCAGUCAGGCAGUCAUGGAAGUGAAUAUAUGCCCUCAACUUCCUCCGACAGUGAAGAGUGCAGCAUGGAGGAAAAAUUUUUGAAAGAUGCUCGCUGUAGAAAGAAAGCUGAACUUGAAGGUGAUGCUGUUGACUUGGAACAUGCCAUAAGUGAGGAAGAUGACCAGAAGGAAGACGACAAGUCUAAAAUAACAGUGAAGACAUGCCAGAAAGGAGCGAAAAGAAAAUGGGACAAAAGACAUUACUGCAUUUAUUGUAAAAAACCUCAGAGUAAGAUAGCACGUCACUUAGAGAGAAAGCACAAUAAAGAGGAAGAUGUUGCUAAGGCAGUAUGCUUGCCCAAAAAUUCAAAGAAACGACGAUUGUUGUUGGAUCAGCUUCGAUAUAAAGGGGACUAUACCCACAAUACAACCGUCUUGGAGUCGGGACAAGGGGAGUUAGUGACUUACAGACAACCUACGGAAGAAACCAGUCCACACGAGUACCUGCCCUGCAAUUAUUGUUAUGGAUUUUUUAGAAAGCAUGACCUCUGGAAGCAUGAGGUUUCCUGCAAAAAUCGAAUUGGCCUCCCUCUGGAAGAAUCUGGGAAAAGAAAAAGAGUUCAAGCUGCAGCUUCUUGUCUCCUGCCAGUACAAGAAAAUACAACAAAAAGAUGUCGUAAAAUCAUCAGUAGAAUGUUGCAUGAUGAGGUAUCUCUUCAAGUAAAAUCAGAUGCACUUAUUUGUGAGUAUGGGGACAGAUUGUUGGAGAAGCAUGGUAGUGAUCCAUCUAAAGAUGGUUAUGUAAGUCAGAAAAUGAGAGAGUUGGGGAGAUUUGUGAUUGCUGCAAAGAAACUAAAAGCGAAGGUGAAAAAUCUUGAGGAUAUCCUAAUUCCACCGAUGUUUAAGUUAGCUGUUGAUGCUGCUAAAAAGGCAUCUGGCUUCACUGCAUCUAAAUACCGCUAUGAUCGUCCAUCUCUUGCUCUAAAACUUGGACACUCUUUAAAAACAGUUGGUGAUAUCUUGAUUGGUCGUUACGUAAAAGCAGAAAAUGAGAUAGCUGCAAACAGAGUCAGGAGCUUCCUAGGGUUAGUGAGCUCUGAGUGGAACCACUAUGUCUCACAUCGGGCAAGGACAAACCUAGAAGAAAACAAGUGGAACAAGAAGGAAAUGAUCCCCCUCACUGAAGAUGUAAUAUUGCUUCAAAAAUACUUGAAGUCUGUGGAGCAAACUGCCCGAGAGAAGCUGAAAGACUGCUGUGAUCCCAAAGCAUACGCCAUGCUAAGUGAAAGCAUCCUCUCACAAAUUAUUCUUUUUAACCGGAGACGCCAAGGUGAGGCAGCAAAAAUGCUACUUGAGACAUAUGAAAACAAAAACACAGAGGCCCUAAAUGAUGAUGUCAUGCAGUGCCUCUCAAAAUUGGAACGUGACCUGAGUAAUGACUUUACAAGAAUCGUGAUAAGAGGGAAAAGAGGGCGAAAGGUUCCAGUGCUGCUUACCAAAGAGAUGACAAGAGCACUGGAUUUUCUCAUAGAGCACAGGAUGCAGGAGAAUGGCGUGUUGUACAACAACAAAUAUGUUUUUGCAAGAGCAAAAUCAGAUUCUCAUAUAAGAGGUUCGGACUGUCUCCGAAAAUUUGCCAAUCUUUGUGAUGCAAAACAUCCAGAAACGCUGACCUCAACUCAGCUGAGAAAGCACAUAGCGACACUUUGUCAAAUAAUGAACUUAAAGGAUCAUGAGUUGGAUCAGGUAGCGAAAUUCAUGGGACAUGAUAUUCGCGUUCAUCGUGAAUAUUAUCGCCUAACAGAAAACACUAUUCAGUUAGCAAAAAUGAGCAAACUGCUGAUGGCCAUAGAGUGUGGAACAUCUCUCUAUAAAGGAAAAUCUCUAGAUGAGAUUGACCUUGAAUUAGAGGUUGCUUUGUCCAAUAAACCUAAGCAGGGGUACACUUCAGAGGAGAUGUCUCCUAGACAAGAACAUGAUGAGUUCUCCAGAAGCCUGAAAUGUAGACGUGAGCAUGAGGAGGCGUAUGAUUCCAACCCAGAUGAAAGCCCUGACUCACACACAAAGAAGAAAGAAAAUAAAACAUCCAAGCCUGAAAGAAAUGAGUUCUCCAGAAGCCUGAAAUGUAGACGUGAGCAUGAGGAGGCGUAUGAUUCCAACCCGGAUGAAAGCCCUGACUCGCACACAAAGACCACAGAAAACAGAACGUCUAAAACUGAAAGAAAUGAGUUCUCCAGAAGCCUUAAAUUUAGACAUGAGCAUGAGGAGGCGUAUGAUUCCCACCCGGAUGAAGGCACUGACUUGCACACAAAGACCAAAGAAAGCAGAACGUCUAAGACUGAAAGAAAUGGUUCUUCCAGGCAGAACGUGCAGAAAAGGCCCUGGAGUGAUGCUGAAAAAAAAGCGGUUUGGCGACAGCUUGGGACCUGCAUAACACUAUUGAAAGUUCCUGGGAAAGACAAAUGUUUGAAGUGCCUAGAGAAAGAACCAGUGCUUCAUACCAGGGGCUGGAGAGAUGUCAAAAAUCAUGUUCACAAUACAAUACAAUCAAAAAAGAAGAAACUGAUUGAUUAACUUUGUUCUUAAAAGAAGUUUUUGUGUAAACUAACCUUGAUCUAUCCUCUUUCCCUCUUAAAUUCAUUUUGAUUUUCUGACUAUUCUGCACAACAAACGAAAGGUUUUUUUUUUUUUUUUUCUUCCUUUAGUUUUGUUACCUUGUCCAGCUGUGUACUUUAGAGCUGACUACACUGUUAGAUGUUGGGCUUGUGAACUCUUUUUGACAGGCAUUGUGUCUUUGUUAAUUUAAAUAAAACUUUUGUUAUAAAUUA